AUGUUGUUUGAUACUGGUGACUCCGCGUAUCGGUAUCGGCUCAACAACGCCGGUGACAUCAAAAUCUACACCGUCUCCGGCCAAGGCGCAACCCGCGCCCUCCCGGACUGGCUCGCCCGCCGUAAGCGAAAAGCCCUCCGUGACGACGCAGAAUACCGCUCCCGUAUCGAACUCGUCCAAGAAUUCGAGUUCCCCGAAGCCUCCAACAAAAUCAAAGUCACCCGAGACGGAGGCUACGCCAUGGCCACUGGAACAUACAAACCCCAUAUCAGGCUUUUCGAUUUCAAGGAGUUGACGUUGAAGUUUGAGAGGCAUACGGAUGCGGAGAAUGUUAAUUUCGUGUUGUUGAGUGAUGAUUGGACGAAGAGUGCGCACCUUCAAAGUGAUCGGAGUAUCGAAGUCCAUGCACAGGGCGGAAUCCACUACCGCACCCGUAUCCCCAAAUUCGGUCGUGAUAUCGGGUACCACUUCAACUCCUGCGACCUCCUUGUCGGUGCCUCCGGAAACGAGGUAUACCGCCUCAACCUCGACCAGGGACGAUUCCUCGCACCAUUCGAGAUGGCGGAAGGUGUGGAAGGUGUGAAUUCGGUUGAGGUUAAUCCUGUUCACCAACUUUUCGCUUUCGGAACCGAUACCGGCACGGUCGAACUCUGGGACCCACGAUACCGCUCCCGUGUCGGCGUCCUCGACGUACGGAAUAACCUCCCGCUCGACGUCGCUGCAGGCGCAUCCAUAACAACCUCUCAAUUCCGCUCCGACGGUUUGAGCUUCGGUGUUGGUACCUCCAGCGGCCACACCCUCCUCUACGAUCUUCGUUCAUCCGAACCAUGGGUCCGAAAAGACCAGGGAUACAGUAGUGCGAUCAACUCGAUCCGCUGGCUAGAGGGCACCGAAUCAUCCAACCGGAUCCUAACCUCAGACUCCAAAAUCAUCAAAAUCUGGGAUAAAGACAACGGAGAUCCAUUCGCGUCUAUCGAGCCCCCUGUGGACAUUAACGACGUAUGUCCACUCCCCGGCACGGGUCUCAUCUUUGUCGCGAACGAAGGAAUGCCGAUGCACACGUACUACAUCCCACAACUUGGCCCAGCGCCGGCGUGGUGUUCAUUCCUCGACAAUCUUACGGAAGAGAUGGAGGAGCAGCCUACGACGUCCGUCUACGACAACUACAAAUUCGUCACUCGCAAAGAGCUUUCAUCUCUCGGCUUGGACCACCUCAUCGGCACCAACGUCGUCCGCGCCUACAUGCACGGAUUCUUCCUCGACCUCCGCCUUUACGAAAAAGCCAAGCUCAUCGCAAACCCCUUCGCAUACGCCGAACACCGCGCCCAAACAAUCACCCAAAAAAUCGAAUCCGAACGCGAAUCCCGUAUCCGCUCCAAGAAAGUGUCUACGAAAGUCAAUCGCACCCUCGCGGAGCGCUUGCUCAAAGCGGAAGAACGCGCGGCGGCAAAGGGGAAGGAGAGUGCUGUUGCGGGCGUUUUGGAGGAUGGGAGGUUUAAGGCUGCGUUUGAGGAUGAGGAUUUCGCAAUUAAUGAGAAGACGGUGGAGUUUAUGCAGCUUAAUCCUACUAGGUCUGCUACCCGUGGCCUCACGGCUGCAGAGGAGGAGGAGGAGGAGGAGAGGGCUGCGAAGAAUGGGAUUUCUUCUGAUGAGUCGGAGAGUGAGAGUGAGAGCGAGGAGGAGGAGCGGAAGCCUGCGAAGAAGGAUAACAAGAAGAAGGAGAAGGAGAGAAAACCCCCGCCAAAGAUGACACAACUCCCCUCAUCCGGAAAACCCGCUCUUUCCAACACCCAAAAAUCCUUCGCCUCGCUCGUUACCGCACAAUCCAAGCGUGCAGGAGACGAGAAGCCGCAAUUCGAAGUCAGGGAGGGUCCGAUGGGCGAGAGAGAAAUCACUUUCACGGUUGAGAAGAAGGCGAAGAAGCCGAGGGGUGCGCAUGGUGGUGGAGAGGAUGGGGAGGAGGAGGAGGGUGGAGAGGGGAGCAGGGAUAUGGGGAGGACGAAGGCGAGGGGGUGGCAGGAUAGGAGGAGUGCGAGUAAGAAUGUGUUUAGGGGGAUGUGA